AUGGCCGAGCACCAUCUCUCCUGUCCCUCUCGACUCUCAAGUCAGGUUCUGCAAGGAAAAGGGAAUCAGGGCAAGCCAGGAGGUCACUUCCUUGUUCACUUUUUAGCCAUGGAAGAUGGAAAACCACAGAAUUCCCCAUGUGUCGCCAGAGCAGUGUCCUCUCGGCAGAAAGAGACACAGGAGAGCACUCCUUGCCUGGCAAAGGAAGAUGUCACCUGCAAAGUCCUCAAGGUGAGUGAGAGGGAGGAGCCCGGCAUUUCCCAGCUGGGUCCCUCCCAUGACCAGGCGGGCUCCUCUCUCCCUGCAGCUACACAGAACAGGAGCCCUGUGGCCCAAAGUUCUGCCUCUUUAGCAGCUGUCCCUGAGCAGGGAACUGGGAGGAAGAGGAGCCGGAAGACCAAGCACUUGGUGGAUGUCAAGGCAGCCACCUGUGAGAGAAGCGCUCCAGCCUCCAGUUCAGCUUCCUCAGGAGAUGUUGGCAAACUGAGGACCAGUAGGAAGAGGAAGCAGAACAUAUGGACUGUUGAUUCCAUGGAAGGAACAAAACUCAGGCUGAACAAGAAGAGAAGACCCAGUUACCGCCCUGAAGACCAGGAAGCCUUCUAUCGACUUCUGGAGGAUCCCAUCAUCCAGAGCUUCUUGGCAGCCGACGUUUUUCUUAAAGUUUCUGACAAGUACCUGCUCUCCAUGGUGGUGGAAUACUUCGGCCGUGUGGGGCUGCCGGGACACCUCUACAAUAGGAUCCACUUCUUCCUGGCGCUCUACAUUGCCUCUGAUAUGGAGGAGGACAACCUCAUAUCCAAGCAGAGCAUCUUCCAGUUCCUUCUGGGCAAAGAGCACUGGCUAGCCCUCUACAAGGACUUCCUGAAGCUGAGGAUGGAGUUCUUUCAAGCAAUGGGAUACCGAGCCUGGGUCACCCUGGAGAUGUGUGAAGAGAUCCAGGCCCAGAAUCCACACCACUGGGUCUGGAGCCGGGAACGCCAGCGCGCUCCCUAG